AUAUAAACCAAGCGAUAGAAGAUGAGCUCAUCCUCGAAAAUGUCUCAGCGGUGUACUGCCUUGGUACCCUCUGAUGCAGUCACUGGGUUAGGGUUUAAGAUUUUCUAGGGUUUUACAGCGCAUGGAUAUGGCUACUUAGUGGUCAUUGAUCAGUUAUUAACCGUUGCAGUAACCAUUCUCUCUUUCUCUUUCACGAGUUCGUACGCGAAUGGAAGACAUUGAUGAUGAUUUCGGCGAUCUAUACGCAGACAUUGAAGUUCAAGCAAGUAAAGCCGUCAAUGACAAUUCAAAUUUCAGUCGAUUGUACAUAGAACAAGACGAUAACAAUACCAAAUGUAUCGAUUCGGUUUCGAAGAAUGUCGAUGUGUUAAUUCAGGACGACGAUGAAGCGAAGAGAGCUUCGAGUGUGGGUGUUGAUAAUGGAAGCGAUAGCGAGGACGACUUGAAUAUAGUUCUGAAUGAUGUUGAUGGUGAUGGUGAUGGGUCUGUGUAUCCUGUAGCGAGAGGUGUGAAGGGGAUUGAUGAGGUGGAGGUGGAGGAGGAGGAGGAGGAGGAGGAUGGUGGUUUGGAGGUUCUUGCAGAGGGUGAUGGGUUGGAGUUGAGUCCAAAUGGCCGUGGCAUGGGCAGCGAGAGAGGGAAUGGAGGGAAGGGAAGUUAUCAAUCACAGUAUUUGCAAUACAAGUACAUAAGACCUCAUGCAGCUUCGUUUCCAUCUAAUUCAAAAACCAAUGGAUCUGCGGUGGUGGCUCCUUACUCUUCCGCAUCAGUUAGAGGUGAUUGGGAUGAUAACAAAUGCAAUCAACGUAUGGCCUCAAGCUCACUAGUAGCUCAAAGCGGUCAUAAUUUCUCUCUUCCCCGGUAUAGGACCAUAUUAGAUGUAAAUAUUGAUACAUUUGAGCGGAAGCCUUGGAGGCAUCCCAGAGCAGAUAUAACAGACUUUUUUAAUUUUGGUUUUGAUGAAGAAAGUUGGAAGUGUUAUUGCAACCACCUGGAUCAGCUUCGACAACAAACAUCCUUGCUGACCAGGACCUCAGUCCAUGAUUUUUCAAAACCUAAGGACGCAUAUGAAGCUGGAGCUGAGUAUGAAACAGGAUCACGUGAAACUAUGCCUGAGAAAGUUGCUCAUAUCGGGCAGUGGGGAACAGUUUCUCCAGCAUCGAAAAUUGCUUAUAGAGAAACGAAGCAGCUUGAAGUGCCCAAAGGUAGAGUAAUUCAAGUUGAAGACAACAUUCUUGAACGACAACCCUCCAUGGAUGUAAGGCGUUUAGUUGAUCGGGAUCCAGAUGUUGUAAUACAGAUUGCUGUGCAGGACUCUAUGGAGGAUUCCUCCGGUUCAGGCAAAGUGGAAUUGACCCUCAAAGAUGGUUCUGCACAUGAAGCAUCUGAAAAUGAAGAUUUUGGUUUGGAUGAUGACAGAGUUGUCCACCAUUUUGGUAGUGGCAGUGGAGAUGAAUUGUCCAGGGAAUUUUCAGAAGAGAAUGUCAAAAGAUCAGGCAGACAUUUUCCCAAAAGGUGUUCCCAAGUAACAAAUCCAUCUAAUCCAGUGUCUGUGGAUUCGGAUAUUCAUGGAAGUGAUCAAAUCUCUGAUGUGAAUGGGCAUUUCCAUCGAAAGGUUACUGGUUCUAGUUCCGUAGGAAAUGCUGAAGCAAUGGAAACUUCAAAUAACACAAAGGAAAAGGUUUGCAGGGACACAUGCAAUGCAGCUCCGUAUAUGGGGGAAACAGAAUCCUUGCUUGGUGAACAGACUCAAAGUUCAUCUUACUCUGGGAGUCAUUGUGAAGCAUCUGGAGAUGAUGCUUCUACUGAUCCAGAAAGAUUUCAAAAUAAUCUGAAGCGGCAAUCACCAAAUUCAGUCACUGAGUUGAAGGAGUUGGCAACAUGUGAUUACUAUCACCCAAAUGACUCUAAAAACCAUCGUGGCAGAACAAAAUCUCAUGACUGUAAAUAUUAUGCAAGAAACAGAAGUCCUAUUCCACAGGAUCUGAAGCAUUACAAUAGGAGACUCAACGGUGUCUCUGAAUUGAAGAGUCACCAUGAUUAUGAAUAUGCAUCCCCCUUGUCCAAUACUGAUAGAAUUUAUGAUUCAAAUUAUACAGCAGUUGGUCAUAGCAGACAUGAUAAAAGGCAUCAUGGUCUUGACUCUUUUGAUAGAGAAGAUUUCACAUAUUAUAAGGAAUCUAAAUUUUCUUUCAACUACUAUGGUGAAAGGUUUUCUUACAAUCAGGUCCAUGCUGCUUAUUCCAAAAAACCUCGUAGGAAUCGUCAGAGCCCUGGAGAUGAGACAGAUCGAUAUCUUCGUAGAAGGUGGGAUGAAGGAGAAUAUUUUCUUGAACAAAGGGUAUCCAGGGCGGAUGAUGAGGUAAUAAUGGGCAGGGAUUGGCAUAAUUAUGUAAGGGGACCAACUUUUAAUACUUUCAUUUGCAAGGAAGCCAGACGGUUGGAUUCAAAUUAUUCCCCCUACUUGAACAAAGAAAGAGUUACUCGAUGCAGGAGAGUAGAUGAAUUCCAGUUCAGGAAGAGAAUAGAAAGAGAUGAUUUUUUGUUUGAUCACGAGUAUCAAGAUGAUUUCAUGCAAGAAAAAUACGGAUAUUAUGACAAAGACAGAAAGUAUAUGAAUGGUAAGUAUGAAAGGCCUUUACCAUCAAGCAGGAGAGGAGGAAAAAGCUCUAGCAGAAGUGAGAGAAAAUAUGACAGUCCCUCCAUUGAUUUGGAUAAUUCAUGGGCUAUCCCCUAUAAGGAUGAGUACUGGAAAUACGCUGAUCAUCGAUCCUUGUCAUCCCAUUCUUACGGAGAGCCUCAUACUUCCAACAGAGGAAAGAGGCUUGACACCAUUUCCCCAACAAAUGCAUGUGACCUGAGAUUAACUGAAAGGCAUGGGAGACACAUGAGACAGAUAUUGAAGGAGAGAGGCAGAGGCAGAGGCAGUGAUUGGUUUGGUAGUAAUCAUGACGCUUGUGACACAGAAGGAAGUAUCAAUUAUCCUGAUGGCCAAGUUGAUUUUGGAAGAAGACGUUGGCAAUCUGAUUCACUGCAUUGGACUGAGCGUGAAUAUAUCUCUAGGCAUGAGGAUGAUGAAUUCCUUGCUGAGGAGGCAUCAUUUCCUUUUGGAGGGACUUCAAGGCACAGAAGGUUUUAUGCUAAACGGAAGCUACUUGAUGACGGGGAAGUAGAACAGUGUAGAAUCAAACUAACAAACAAAGGAAAUAAUAGUAAACAUAUUGAAAGAAGUUCUAAUAUUAUUAGUAGAGGUAAGCAUGAGAAGACAGCCUUGAGAUGCAGGGAUUCAGAUGACUUGCAAUUGGUUGUCGGAGAAAGAAAGUCAUCUGGAAGAUGCUCCAAUGCCAGAAGUAUGAUGCACAAUGUUACGCAUGCAAAUAUGGAUCGGAACAUUGACAAGGAACAGAUAGUUUCUACGGAUUAUAAGGAAUCUCACACAGAGAAGGCAGGGGAAGCCGACAACACUGAAGGUGAGAUCAACCAGAAAGAUGAGAAAUGGCUUGAUAAGUUUCCAGUCACACAGCAGAAUGAAGCUUUGGAUAUCGAGGAAGGUCAAAUAAUCACAGAAGUGAACGAGAACCCUGUAGUUGAGAAGUUAAAAUUUGAAGAUGUUGCAGAAAUCAGUGUUGCGAAAAAGAAAACUUUGCGUGAUGAAAAUGCUGCAAAGCAGAGUAAGGUUGGUGAGGGUUUUGACAGCCCUCAGAUACUUGAGGUGAUUGCAAAGAUGGAGAAACGAAGAGAGCGCUUUAAGGAGCCCAUCACACUGAAAAAGGAAACUGACAGUGUUCCCAACCCUCAAGUUGAUCCGGUAGUUGAAACAACAGAGACUAAACAACAAAGGCCAGCGCGAAAGAGACGAUGGGGUGGAAGUUAGGUCCCUAAAAUUACAGGUGCAUAUUGUACCUUCUUCAUAUUAGAAAUGGACUUGGUCAUCGGAUUUUUUUUCAGAACACAUUGAGCAAAGCUGAAGGCAUCGAGUGAAGCUCAGGUAGAUUAUUUCUUUCAAGGAGUUCGAAGGUAAAGUUGAGUUCAAAAUUCUUAAAGUUUAUUAUAGGAUUAAUAAAAUUUGAUGGGCUCAUAUAACCUCGGCGAAAGUUUACAAUCAUGGAGUCCUUCCAGCUUUGCAUUAAUGAAUUGUAUGGAAGUUUGUGACAUCACACGUAUAAACUGGCUUUGGCCAACCCUUUUUCUGUUGUUUUAUGGAAUCAUUGUGGCUUUGAUUGUCUCUCUAUUUUUCUUUCCAACACUCAAAUUAGUGUUAUGCAAGCUGUAGUUUAUGCAA